AUGUCAGACUUGUCGCCUCCCUCUUCUCGACCUAGGCUCGUCGGGCAACCCCUACUCUAUGCAAUCUCAAUCUUCGCUAGCCUGGGUGUCUUCCUCUUCGGUUAUGACCAGGGUGUCAUGUCCGGCAUCAUUACCGGGCCCUACUUUAAGCAGUUUUUCAACUCACCUGGUCCGAUAGAGGUUGGGACUAUGGUAGCAGUGCUAGAACUCGGCGCCCUCACCACGUCCAUCGCUGCUGGUCGCGUGGGCGACAUCAUCGGAAGAAAAGGAACGCUUUUCAUAGGCGCCUUGGUGUUCACCAUUGGUGGUGCCAUCCAAACAUUCACUACAGGAUUCUAUGUCAUGAUUAUAGGUCGAGUCGUCAGUGGGUUCGGUGUCGGGUUGCUAUCCACAAUCGUCCCAAUAUACCAGAGUGAAAUUUCGCCCCCGGAUCAUAGAGGUGCCCUUGCUUGUAUGGAGUUCACAGGCAAUAUCGUCGGUUAUGCGUCCUCAGUUUGGACGGAUUAUUUCUGUUCUUUCAUUGAUUCAGACCUUUCUUGGCGUAUUCCCCUCUUCAUUCAAUGCGUAAUUGGUGGAAUUCUUGCAGCUGGUAGCUUGGUCAUGCCCGAGAGUCCUCGAUGGCUUAUAGACACCGACCAAGAUGAGGCUGGAAUGCGGGUCAUCGUCAAUCUACAUGGAGGUGACCCCAACGAUAUCGUGGCGAAGGCCGAGUUUCAAGAAAUUAAAGAUAAGGUGAUGGAAGAGGUAAAUCAGCGGGGUGAGAGUCGGUCCUACGCAACUAUGUGGAAGAGGUACAAACGUCGCGUUCUUCUUGCCAUGUCCUCCCAGGCUUUCGCUCAACUGAACGGGAUCAAUGGUACGUUCUUGCACUUUGUUUUCUUCCAUUUCCCCCUGACAUUCAUUGUUGCUGGAUGGCUCGGUCGGGACGCUGUACUGAUGACUGGCAUCAACGCCAUAAUCUAUGUCCUGAGCACAAUCCCUACAUGGUACUUGGUGGAUCGAUGGGGUCGCCGGUUCAUCUUGCUCUCCGGUGCAGUCACUAUGGGCAUCGCACUUGCUUUCACGGGUUGGUGGAUGUAUAUUGAUGUCCCAGAAACCCCGCAGGCGGUAGUCUUCUGUGUCAUUGUAUUCAAUGCUGCAUUUGGCUAUAGUUGGGGACCUAUUCCGUGGUUGUAUCCCCCUGAGGCAGGUCGACGUGCACAUACACGAUGUUUUAUUAUGCCGCUCACCUUCCGCUCCAAAGGUGUUUCACUUUCUACAGCGACAAACUGGGCAUUCAAUUUCAUUGUCGGAGAAACCACCCCUUACCUACAGGAGGUUAUCACUUGGAGAUUAUACCCCAUGCACGGGUUCUACUGUGCAUGCAGCUUCAUUUUGGUUUACUUCCUUUAUCCGGAGACCAAGGGUGUACCCUUAGAAGAAAUGGACGCUGUUUUUGGCGAAGGUGAAGUGGUCAUCCAGGAGAGACUUGAUUAUGAAUCCGAACGGGCCUCUCUCAUGUCCAACCAUUCCGGCCGAACGUCUGUUCGCUCCCGCGGAUCUGCCAAGAGCGCCAACCGUGGGCGACUUAGUCGGUUGUUGUACGGCAACGACAGGAGCACGUAUCAGCCCAUUGGGGAUCAUGAAGAAUAG